GGCAUGGCCAAACCUUUUUUUAGUCUACAGAAAUUCCUAAGGCGGGCUCAGUUUUUUCUCUUCUUUCUCACCAUUGCCUACUUAAUGGCUGGAAGUCUGCUGCUUUUACAAAGGUCUUACCUGGUGAUUCAGCAAAAUAACAGAGGAACUGCUAAUGUGCAGGGCUCAGCAGUUGAUGGUUUGAUGCCUCUUGAUAGAUAUCUGGAACAAAGGAUGUUUCGAUUUUCAUACUGGAAUACAAAAGGAUUAGCAGGUGGAAAUAUUCAAGAGAAACAAGAAAGUAAUGGUUUACUUGACCAGCCACUUUGGCUGAUCUCACGAAAUUCAGAGUUAAGGCAGCUGAGAAGAAGAUGGUUUCAUAAUUUUGUGGGUGAUCGAGAACAUGGUCAGGGUGUACCCCCAAAACUACAGAAGCACACAACUGUAAAUAAAGGUACGUACAUUGGAUGCUUCAUAGAAAAUGCCGAAGAUAGGACUCUGAAGGCUACGGUAUUCUAUGAUCUGAGGAAGAUGACCAUAAGUCAUUGUCAGAGUGCCUGUGCAGAAAGAACAUAUAUUUAUUCAGGUUUGUCCUAUGGAUCCGAAUGUUACUGUGGCAACAGUCUGCCCCCAAACCGAGCCAAAGAAGAAGAAUGCAACAACGAGUGUAAAGGAGAGAAAGGUUCUGUCUGUGGAGGUGUUAGCCGUCUCUCAGUCUUCCAGCUAGAGAAACUACACACCGUGGUCAAGCAGAAAAAGAAUUCUACUUAUCGGGGAUGCUAUAGAGCUCCAGAAAACGGGACAGAUGUAUUUCCUGCAUCGUUUUACAACAUCUCUACAGAUAUGUGCUUAGAUUUUUGCUCUGCUAAAGAAUACCCCUUAGCCAUUAUCCAAUGGCCGGAAUGCUUCUGCGGUUACCCUGAGGUUCAGUUUAACCUUUAUGAACGCCUGGAUGACUAUCUUUGUUCUGGGUCCCUGAAUGACAGCAGUGGAUCAGAAGUCCUAAGAGAUGAGAAUUAUUAUUCAGUCUACCAGACUCCCAUACAAG